AUGGCUGGAAGAGGUGUGCAGCUCACCACUCCCCCACUAGCAGUCAGGACAGAUGCACGUGGAGUCCUUACUGUGCCAUGGCAGGCUGCUCAACAGAAACUGACAGCGGCGUGCAGCCGGGCGGCGGCCGUCAGCUCUCACGUGGCCUGUUUCUCGCGCCAAUCCAAUCUUUCUAGAGUGGGCGCCGAGGAGGGCAGCCGUAACGGCGUGCUCGACGGCGGCGGCGGCGGCGGCAGCGGCGGAAGAGAUGGCCGUCGGUCAGGCGCGAGGGCGGCCGAAGCUGUGAGCGUGGCGGACCAGGGAGGCGCUGGCGGCGGCGGCGGCGGCGGCGGCGGCGGCGGCGCGGCGGCGACUCAUUACUGGAAAGCAGGCGGCGAGCCGGCAGCCCAGCGGGCCACUACUCGAGCCGCGGGUCGCAGCCGAGGAGAGGCGGCCUGGCCGCCUCCUUGUCGCGUUCCAUUUACGAAAGCAGUCGCAUCCAGGUCACCUUCAGCGACGGUGACGGCUCACUCCACGCACGCGAACAGCUCCCAAAAAUACUGGAUGACUAAUGUGGAACAAAUGAGGCUUGAGCUAAGUGAAGGUUUGCGAUGA